AUGCCGAACUUCCAAGAAAUGUCCGGAAUGGCACAGACAAAGGCGAAGAAAGUGAAAAACAACGAUGAAAAGGCUGAAGUAAAAAAGAAUGAUGAAAAGGCUGAAGCAAAAAAGAAUAAUGAAAAGGCUGAAGUAAAAAAGAAUACUGAAAAGGCUGAAGCAAACUCACUUUCAAAAGCGAAAACAACCACAGAAACGAACAAUGAUGUGAAAUCCGUCGAGAAAACAUCUUCAUCUAAACUUAAACGAGAAGAUAGCAAAAAAGAGAAUAAAGUGAGAGAGGUAAAGGACGAAGAUGAUUUCGAAGCGAGAUUAAAGACAGUUGGGGAAGUACUUACAGUCGUGGACUUCUACGCUACGUGGUGUAACCCUUGCAGGAUGGUGAGUCAGAGAUUCAACAGCAUGGCUGAGGAAUUCAAAGAUGUCAAGUUCCUCAAGGUGAAUAUAGAGGAAAAUGAAACACUGGCUGCAAAGUACGACGUCAAGACGUUACCUACCUUCGUGUUUAUCAAACAGGGCAAAGUUGUGGAGACAAUCGUGGGGUCUAACAUGUCUCGGGUGGAGGACACGGUGAAGAAACUUAGAGGAGAAUGA